AAUCAACGUUUCGAAUUUCUACAACCUGUCGUCUGCUUCUUUCGUCCCUUUAACUUAAACCAUGUUCUCAUUUCGUGACCUUCAUAGUUGUCUUUAUAAAAUAGAGGUCAAAUUCGAACGUAGCAUAUUAUUCUUAAUAAAUAUUAACAUGUUAUAUAGUAAAUUACAUUAAAUUACUUUCAUAAAGAAAUUCGUUUAAAUCUGUUUUGCGUUUUAUCAGUCUGUGUUAUAUUGUUUCGUAUACAUUUGAUUUCCUUGCUAUUUUUAAAUGAAAGUAUAAUAUUUUAGUUUUUAAUACGCAGAACAAUCAGGUAAUACAAAUGUGAUAUUUGUUUAAAUAAAAGCAACAAUACAUAACAUUAAUGCUGUGAUAAUACAGAGCUAGUUGAGAAAGGUCUUUAAUAACAAUUUCAGCUAUAUGAUCUAUUUUGAGAAUGGGUUUUAUACUUGCAAUAGGCAAUUUUUUUUGUGAUGCAACAAGGAUAUUAAUAAGGAAACUUAGGACCAUUCUUCAACAUCUUUGCAAAUGCAGCUAUUUAAAAUGCCUUUGUUAUGCAGUGGUAGGGAAUAUGACAGAACACGUGUCAAUAACUGAAAGUCACGAAUGUGAACAAAUAAGAGUUUUAACUCUAAAUAAUGGAGAACAUCUUGAUGGUAUAUUAUAUAAAUUAAAAAAAGGAUGGAGAGUAGAAUUUCGUUUAGGUGCUUCUCUUCUUGGGAAGACACUUGAUCUUUUCAUAAAUUAUCCUUUAGGAGAAAAUAAAAAAUUUGAUAGACAUACAUAUUAUCCAUUAGAAUGGGUUAAUGAGACAGCUAAUAUAUGUUUAUUUCUGGCUGGUUCAUUUCACUAUUAUCUUAUAGAUCCUAAUUCUGAAUGUAUGAAACCUAUUGCUUCUGGGUACCUAUUGGUGGAUCCAGAACUUAAAAUAGGAGAACAUGGUGAUGAUUUACCAUUGGAUUGUAUUCAAUGUCAAACUGUUCUUGCAAAAUGUUUAGGACCAUUUUCUACCUGGGAAGAUAAAUUAUUAGUGGCUAAAAACUCUGGAUAUAAUGUGAUUCAUUUUACUCCAAUUCAAGAAUUAGGAUUUUCUAAAUCAUCAUAUAGUCUUAGUGACCAAUUAAAAUUAAAUCCUUCUUUUAAUGAUGGUGAUAAAUUAAUAACAUAUGAUGAUGUUGAAGGACUGAUAAAUAAAAUACGCAAUGAAUGGAAUAUGCUAAUCAUAUGCGAUAUUGUUUUGAAUCAUACAGCAAAUGAAAGUUCUUUUUUGAUAUCUCAUCCAGAAUGUACAUACAAUUGUUUGAAUAGUCCUCAUUUACGUCCUGCAUAUAUUUUGGAUGCUGCAUUGUUUGAAUUGACAGUACAAGUCGCAGCUGGAGAAUGGGAGUUUAAAGGUAUUCCUCCAAUAGUUGAAACUGAAGAACACUUAAAUUCAAUUCGUCAUGCAUUACAUACAUAUUUUUUACCGCUUGUAAAAAUACAUGAAUUGUAUGUAUUGGAUAUUAAUGAAACCAUUGCUGAAUUUUUGAAUUUGGCACGAAAUCAAAUGCCUCAAGAUAACAUUGAACCAAUAUCGGACGAUAUCAAAAUAAUAAAAGAUCCGAAAUUUCAUAGAUUGAAAGCAACUAUAAAUAUGCAACUUGCUUUGCAGAAAUAUAAUAUAUAUAGAGCCGAUUGUUUUGACGAAGAUACUCGUUUAAAACGUUGUGCUGAAGACUUAAGAAAAAAAUUACAGGAACUUAAUAAUGUAAUCAUUAACGAAGUACAAAAUCAUCUGAAUGCUGCAGUUGAGAAUUCCAUUGCCGGUAUACGAUAUUUUAGAGUACAAGCUGAUGGACCUAAACUUAAAGAAAUAAGUGAAAGAAAUCCACUUGUUCCUAGGUAUUUUACUGAUUACGGAGCAUCUCAAACAUUAACUGAAAGAGAAGCUACAAUGUAUUCAGACACAAGCUGCUACCUUAUGGCUCAUAACGGAUGGGUAAUGAAUGGAGAUCCUCUAAAAAAUUUUGCUGAUCCUGAUUCUAAUGUUUACAUCAGAAGAGAACUGAUUGCUUGGGGUGAUAGUGUAAAAUUAAGGUAUGGAAAUAAACCAGAAGAUUGUCCUUUUUUAUGGCAGCAUAUUACUACUUAUGUUGAACAAACGGCUAAAAUUUUUGAUGGUAUUCGCUUAGACAAUUGUCAUUCAACCCCUAUUCCAGUUGCAGAGUACAUGCUUGAUGUUGCACGUCGAGUCCGUCCAGAUUUGUACGUUGUUGCCGAAUUAUUUACAAAUUCCGAUCAAAAAGAUAACAUAUUUGUCAAUCGACUUGGUAUCACAUCUUUGAUUCGAGAAGCUAUGUCUGCAUGGGAUAGUCAUGAAGAAGGUCGAUUAGUAUACCGAUAUGGAGGCGAACCAGUCGGUGCAUUUUUGCAACCACGUAAACGGCCUUUAGUACCGAGCAUAGCACAUGCAUUGUUCCUAGAUUUAACUCAUGAUAAUCCUAGUCCUGUAGAAAAGCGUAGCGUGUUCGAUUUACUUCCAAGUGCUGCUCUUGUAUCAAUGGCUGCAUGUGCUAGCGGCAGCAAUCAUGGAUACGAUGAAUUAGUUCCUCAUCAUAUACAUGUUGUAGAUGAAACAAGACAAUAUUCAUCCUGGACAGAUGAUGAAUCGUUGGUGGAUGGAAUUAAAUUUGUAGGUUUAAAAACUGGUAUAAUAGCGGCGAAGAAAGCAUUAAAUGAUUUGCAUUAUACUCUCGGGCAAGAGAAGUUUUCCCAAGUAUUUGUUGACCAAAUGGACAGUGAUAUAGUAGCUGUAACAAGACAUUCUCCAACAACUCACGAUAGUGUAAUUUUAGUUGCUUUUACAGCAUUCAAACAUCCCGAUCCUAAUGCAAAUGAUUUGAGAAGACAUGUGAAACCAUUGCGAGUGGAAGGUGUAAUAGAAGAAAUUAUUUUUGAGGCAUCUUUAUCUCAUAUAGAAACUAAGAACGGUACAUCACGCUUCCACUAUCCUGAAAAAUAUGUACAAGAUGAAAAUUACAUAAAUGGUCUCUCAGAAUAUGUUGUAAACCUUAAAGAACAUAUACAAAUUUGUGAUUCAGAAAUCUUUGAAAAAGUUGAUUCUGGCGACCCUAAAAUAACUCAGCUUAAUUUUGUAAACUUUCAGCCUGGUUCUAUUGUUGCUAUUCGUGUAUCCCUUCAUGCUAAUACAAAACCUGCUCUUGCAAAACUUCAUAAUAUUAUUUCAAUAAUAACAUCGCAGAAAAGUUCUGACAUACGUGUUAUUGCCUCUCGUAUGGAUUUAGUAGAUUUAAAUAAGGUUUUAUAUCGAUGCGAUCAAGAAGAACGUGAUGAAACUUCAAAUAGAUUUGGUGUAUAUGACAUUCCUGGAUAUGGGCCGCUUGUUUAUGCAGGAUUACAAGGUAUAAUUUCGUUGUUGGCGGAUAUUCGUCCUAACAAUGAUUUGGGUCAUCCAAUGUGCAUUAAUCUCAGACAGGGUAAUUGGCUAAUAGAUUAUACUUGGCAACGACUAAAAGAAGAUGAUGGAACUAAAACUCUUGGAGAAUGGCUUGAAGAAGUUACUGAACCAUUUAAAUUAAUACCACGCUAUCUCGUUCCUAGUUAUUUCGAUGUUAUAAUCGUAAACGUUUAUAUGAUACUUCUUGAACAAUGCUAUAAUCUAAUGUCAAGUUUUGUGAAAGAUGGUUCCACUUUCGUAAAAAUUCUAUCUCUGGUUUCAAUUCAAAUGGGAGGUAUAGUAAAAUCAGCUCCAUUACCGGAUUUGUCUCCAAAUGUAGAUCCUCCUAAACCAAAGAUUAAACAAUAUAAUGGCGAAAGUGAACAAAUAUGUAUGACGUUGUCUGCUGGUUUACCACAUUUUACCACAGGAUAUAUGAGAAAUUGGGGAAGAGAUACGUUCAUUGCUUUAAGAGGAUUAUUAAUAUUAACAGGAAGACAUGCAGAAGCACGAUUUAUUAUUCUCGGUUAUGCUGGAACUUUGCGACAUGGUCUUAUACCAAAUUUACUUGAUAAAGGAAAAAAUGCUAGAUAUAACUGUCGAGAUGCUUUGUGGUGGUGGUUGUAUACAAUUCAAUGUUACAUACAAGAAAUACCAAAUGGUUUAAAAAUUUUAACAGACAAAGUUUCGAGACUAUUUCCAACUGAUGAUUCUCCCGCAUUACCUGCAGGACAAGUAGAUCAGCCGUUGCACGAUGUUAUUCAAGAAACUCUUAUGGUACAUUUCCAAGGACUUUGUUUUAGAGAAAGAAAUGCUGGAAAACAAAUUGAUGAACAUAUGACAGAUCGUGGUUUUAAUAACCAAAUUGGAGUACACCCAGAAACAGGAUUCAUAUUUGGUGGAAAUGACGCAAAUUGUGGCACUUGGAUGGAUAAAAUGGGUUCUUCUGAAAAAGCUGGUAACAAAGGAAAACCAGCUACUCCAAGGGAUGGUUCAGCUGUAGAGAUAGUGGGACUAAGCAAGAGUAUUCUCAGCUUUUUGGCUGAAUUAUAUAAGCAAAAUCUUUUUCCUUAUGGCAGUGUGCAAAGAAAAAAUCGUGAUGGCUCUGUUAUAACAUGGAGCUAUAAACAAUGGGCAGAUAAAAUUUCAUUGAAUUUUGAAAAAUAUUUUUACGUCAACGAAGUAUCAUCAGAAGGAGAAUUAAAACCAGAGCUUAUUCACCGCCGUGGAAUUUUCAAAGAUAGUCAUGGAGCAACACAAGCAUGGGCUGAUUAUCAAUUACGACCUAAUUUCCCAAUCGCAAUGGUUGUCGCUCCAGAGUUAUUUAAUCCGGAACAUGCGUGGACAGCAUUAAAAAAGACAGAAGAAAUUUUAUUAGGACCACUUGGAAUGAAAACAUUAGAUCCUGCUGAUUGGGCAUAUAAUGGAUAUUACGAUAAUUCUAAUGAUAGUGGAGAUACUAAAUUAGCACAUGGUUGGAAUUAUCAUCAGGGGCCUGAAUGGGUUUGGCCCAUUGGUUAUUUCCUUCGCGCUCGACUAUAUUUCGCUCCAUUAGUUGGAGGAAAGGAAGAAUUACGUCGCACGGUCGAAUCAACUGAAUCUAUCAUUUCUCGACAUUUCAUAGAAGUAUCUACAAAUCACUGGAGAGGUCUUCCUGAACUUACCAACAAAGACGGAGAAUAUUGCAAAGAUAGUUGCAGAACACAAGCUUGGAGUGCUGCUUCUAUAUUAGAAGUUCUUUACGACUUGGAUAAAAUUAAACGGGAAUUACGAUCUGAGGAGAAUGAAAGAACGAAUUGAUAUAAUUUUGCGUGUGUUCACCACCGCCAAUUACACUUAGAACAUUUGCGACUA